AUGAAUAUCCCGAAGGAGGACGACCCCGCCAGCCGAGCGAUAGAUGUUACCAUACAACUUGAUAAGGACAAAAAAAUGAAGGUCGUAAGGAACGUUGUAAAAAACGUUGUAAAAAACGUUGCGAAUUCCUGUGAUGUCCCUCAUAACAAAAUUGGCAACUACCAGACGAGCGAAGGAAAAGAAACGGAUGAAUCCCACGAAGAAGGAAUGAAAAUCUACCUACAGUAUUUCCAAAGAAGAAUGACCAAAUAUAGGGACACUAACAUUUAUGAGGUAUAUACCUUAGAACAAGUCGAAGAAAAAAUGAAAGAAACCAUCAUAGACGUUGUCAGCCUCACGAAUCUUCGCUACGAUUAUGCAUACCGUUUUUUAAAGUCGUACAAUUUUAACUCAACUGAUUUUAUCGAAGCAUGGUUUAGGAGCCCAAAGGAAGUGCUCGCCAAGGCACACAUAUCUCACCUCAAGGAAGAAGAUCUCUGUGCACAUUAUGCGAGUGCAGAAACCGCUCCUCCAUUACUACCAUCCACAAGUGACACAGGUAAAUCAACUCCAAAGUUUUCCCCUGAGCAAAUGCUUCAGACGGAGAAAGGCACAAAAUAUACAUGCCCAAUCCUACUUAACGAAUAUGAUAUACAAGAUACGCAUACACUCAAAUGCGGACAUCGAUUUUCGAAGGAGUGCUGGAGAGGCUACCUCCAAACAGCCAUCGACAACGACUUUUACGAAAAUAUAAUUAAUAAAAAAUGCAUAGAGCCAAAAUGCCAAGAACUCAUCAUGAGGGAAGACUGGAAAAACAUUUCUGACGAAAACAACGAUCUCCUUGCACAAUAUGAUAAGUUCCUACUUCAGAUAUUCAUAAAGAAUAACCCCAGUUUGAAGAAAUGCCCAUAUGAUAAGUGCCCCUAUGUAAUCGAAUCUGUGAUGCUACCCGAUAAUGGAAUCAUUUGCAAAUGUGGAUACAACUUUUGCUUUAACUGCACGGAGGAAUUUCACAGACCCGUCACCUGCGCUGUCAUUAAACAGUGGAAUGACCUACUUAACAAGGGUGUACAUAAUAUUAAGUGGAUUCGUUCGCACACGAAACAAUGCCCUAACUGUGCCAAAUCGAUUGAGAAAACGUCUGGUUGCAUGAACGUGAAGUGCAUCUGCGGGUUCAGCUUCUGUUGGCUGUGUCUACAACCGUGGACACACCACAAGGGUGGAUUCUACCAAUGCAACCAGUACGUCACGCAGAGGCGCGCGGCGAAAGCGGGACAGAGCGAUGCACCACAUGAUGCACCACAUGAUGCACCACAUGAUGAACCAGAUAAUGAACCACAUGAUGAACCAGAUAAUGAACCAGAUGAUGCACCAGAUAGCACACUGGGUGGUUCAAAAAGUGAUACAGAAAACGAUGUGCACAGAAAUACCCCUAACGAGGCGCUGAGGCUCACACCGCAAAACCGCAAAAGCGCGCACGAGGCGCUACACAAAUUCAGCCAUUUCAAAACCAGAUUCGACGCUCACCAACAUGGAGAAGAAUUUUCCAUAAAAACGCAGCUUCUUUUCCUUUCUCAGUUUUGCAAGUCCAAUAACAUCGAGCCAAUGCAUCGUAUAUAUCAUUUUCAGAACUCCAUCAUACAAACGAUUAGAUGCAGAAAAAUCCUGAAGUGGUCCUACGCCUUCGCCUACUUUGCCACUUGGGAUGACGAAAAUAAAAAAUAUCUCUUCGAGUACCACCAAGGACAGCUAGAAAAAAACUUAGACAUUUUACAAAAAAAAACGGAGAGUGUAAAUUUGGCUCAUUUCCUGACCAACAAUUUGGAUGUCAAAGUUGUUCGGGAAGUUGAAGAGCUGACUAAAACAGUCGAUGUCUUUUUUAAAAAUAUUUGCGACUUUAUGGAGAGCACGUUUAGCUCGUGUGCUGAAAAACUCUCUGGUUGA